UCCAAACCUUGGAAAACUAGUUUAGCAGUAGAGAUCGAGUUGGAUAUUUGAGAUUGGCUUCCAAAUCCAACGUUUCAAUUUAAUCGUAUGUAUUGAGGUUGUCCGAAUUCCUGUGUCUAUAUUGUUAGUAUUUUAAGUCGUUAAACGCUUAGGAGAACUUGUACAAGUUUCCAUCAUAAUGCAGAAUCUGGGAACAGAUGAGGUGCGGAGAUCUUAUCCAGAUCAUCAAUAUCAUCAUCACUCAGAUUCAGAGAUCACUGAGAGCGAAAGCAUUGCUUACAGUGGGCCUCUGAAAAAAAGAGCAGGGAUGAAGAGCGCUUUAUUCAACAUACCCUACUCCAGUGCUUCUUGUAAUAUUGACAGCAGCAGCAGCAGUAAACGAGACGUUGAGAUCAAUAUGGACAUUUGUGACGAUUCUGUUGCUGCUCAAAGUGUUAAGACGGCUGCUGUUGCCUCUGAUCUUGAACAAGAUCCCCGGUUGACUUUACCUGCUGCCAGAGGUCUCGAGAAGAGAACCUCGUUUGGUUCCUCAGUCGUAAGAAGCGCUUCUGCACGUAUCACGCAGGUCUCUCAGGAACUGAAGCGUCUCACCUCCUUCUUGAAACGAGUCCCUCCAGCUCGUUUCGAUCGGAAAAAUUCCGCAGCAGCUCAGGCUUUGAAGGGCCUCAAGUUUAUCAGCAAGACAGAUGACGACGCUGGGUGGCCUGCUGUUGAGAAGCAAUUCAACAAGCUCACAGCUUCCACCAAUAAUGCUUCUCUCCCUCGUUCGCUCUUUGGAAAAUGCAUAGGAAUGAAUGAAGAGUCGAAGGAGUUUGCGGGCAACCUGUUUGAUGCUCUGGCUCGGGAGCGGGGCAUCAAGGGUGACUCCAUCAACAAGGCCCAGCUGAAAGAGUUCUGGGACCAGAUUUCUGAUCAGAGCUUCGACUCCAGGCUUCGAACUUUCUUUGACAUGGUCGAUAAAGAUGCUGAUGGUAGAAUCACUGAAGUGGAAAUCAGAGAGAUUAUCUGCCUAAGUGCUUCUGCCAACAAACUCUUAAAUAUCCAGAAACAAGCAGAGGAAUAUGCAGCCCUGAUCAUGGAAGAGUUAGAUCCAGAUAAUCUUGGAUACAUCAUGAUAGACUACCUGGAAAUGCUUCUGUUGCCAACACCAAACCAGUCUUUUAGAGGUGGAGACAGCCAGAACUUGAGCAAAAAGCUGAGCAAGAAGUUGAGCAAGAAGUUGAGCAAGAAGCUCAAGUAUACGGAGGAGAAGAACCGAUUAAGGAGAUGGAGUGAAAGCACAAAGUAUUUCUUACAGGACAACUGGCAGAGAGUUUGGAUAAUCGCCCUGUGGACUGCGGUUAUGUUGGGCCUCUUUGCAUACAAGUUUGUGCAGUAUCGAAACAAAGCUGCAUACGAGGUAAUGGGCCAUUGUGUAUGCAUGGCCAAAGGUGCAGCCGAGACACUUAAGUUGAACAUGGCUCUCAUUUUACUUCCAGUUUGCAGAAACACCAUCACCUAUCUCAGGAAUAAGACCACACUAGGUGUUGUCAUCCCUUUUGAUGACAACCUCAAUUUUCACCAGAUGAUAGCAGGGGGGAUAGCAAUUGGAACUGGAAUACAUGCAAUUUUUCAUUUAGCUUGUGAUUUCCCUCGCCUUAUUUAUGCAAGCAGUGACAAGUACAAGUUGAUGGAACCAUUCUUCGGGGAUCAACCAUCAAGCUACUGGCGUUUUGUUAUUUCAACAGAAGGAGUGACUGGGAUCGUAAUGGUAGUGUUGAUGGCAAUAGCCUUCACGCUAGCUUCCCCUAGGUUCAGGAGAAGUGAGCUCAAACGUCUACCUAAACCACUAAAGAGUCUCACUGGCUUCAAUGCUUUUUGGUAUUCCCAUCACAUCUUCAUCAUUGUUUACAUUUUGCUGAUUCUACAUGGUAUUUACCUCUACCUGAUUAAGGAAUGGUACAAGAAAACGACCUGGAUGUAUUUGGCUGUUCCACUCGCCCUUUACGUCUGUGAAAGAUUGAUUAGGGCACUCAGAUCCAGCAUCGAGCCUGUUACAAUACUAAAGGUGGCUGUUUAUAGUGAAAAUGUCUUGUCACUUCACAUGUCGAAGCCAGAGGGCUUCAGUUACAAAAGCGGGCAAUACAUGUUUGUCAAUUGUGCUGCUCUGUCGCCAUUCGAAUGGCACCCAUUUUCCCUCACCUCUGCCCCUGGGGAUGACUACCUAAGUGUUCAUAUCCGAAGUCGUGGUGAUUGGACGCGACAACUCAUCACAAGGUUCUCAAAGGUGUGCAAGCCACCUCCUAGUGGGGAAAGUGGACUCCUCAGAGCUGACUUCUUGCAAGGAGAUAGCAACGCAAAUUUUCCAAAAGUUCUGAUCGAUGGUCCAUAUGGAGCACCAGCACAAGAAUACAAAAACUAUGAGGUGGUAUUGUUAGUCGGGCUGGGAAUUGGGGCAACCCCAAUGAUCAGUAUUAUGAAGGACAUGGUACAUAACAUCAAGGCCGUGGGGGAUCAGGAGGAGGAGGAGGAUGCCUUAGAGAAUGGAAUGUACGGGAGAAGUGGGAGAAGCGGUCCUCAGUCAUUAAAAGGAACCUGCAGAGCAGAAGCAGUACCAAAGAGAAAAGCAGCUGCAGGGUCAACGAUCAAUAACUUCCAGACAAGGAAGACAUACUUUUACUGGGUGACAAGGGAGCAGGGGUCUUUCGACUGGUUUAGAGGGGAGAUGAAUGAGGUGGCUGAACUGGACAGCAGGGGAGUGAUUGAUCUCAAUACUUACUGCACCAGCGUCUACGAAGAGGGUGAUGCCCGUUCUGCUCUCAUUGCCAUGCUGCAGUCCCUCAGUCAUUCGAAGAAUGGCAUUGACAUCGUCUCCGGUACACGUGUCAAGUCCCACUUUGCCAAGCCCAACUGGCACAGUGUCUACGAGCGCAUUGCAUCUAAUCACACCCAUGCCCGAGUAGGGGUCUUUUACUGUGGAUCAGCAGCGCUUGCGAAAGAGUUACGCCAGCUCGGAAAGGACUUCUCUCACAAGAGUUCCACCAAAUUUGAUUUCCAUAAAGAAAAUUUCUGACCACGAUGGAAAUGGAUGAGAGAAGCACUAGAUGACGACGAAGCCCUCCCGAGCCCCACCACUCUUUGUAUCAUUUUUUCUUUUUCUUUCUUUUUGGGCCACUCUCUGUCUGAUAUCCCGCGCGAGUUUCUUGUCGCUUUUGUUUAUUUUUCUCUUUCUUUUACAACCUUUGUUUUUUAUAAGUAUGCUUUAUAUAUA